GCAGGCAUUCUGUCGACAGGUAAAUAGCCUGAAGGACAUAAACACGACAAAGAAAGUGAACCGAAAUGUCAUAACAAUAUAUGAUGCUGUUGUUUUAACUUGUUUCUAUUGACUACACGGAGUUCCCGCUUUAUCAAAAUGCAAGAAAAAUGACACAACUAGAAGUAGAACCAGUUAUUUUAAAAAAUUACACAAUUGAGAGACGUAUAGGAAAAGGGGCUUAUGGGAUAGUUUGGAAAGCGGUGAAUAAGAAAACACACAAAAAGUUAGCACUCAAAAAGAUAUUUGAUGCUUUCAGGAAUCAAACAGAUGCUCAGAGAACGUUUCGAGAAAUAUCAUUUUUACAGCAAUUUUCCAAUCACCCAAAUAUCAUCCGUCUUUUAAAUGUUAUAAAGGCGGAGAACGACAAAGAUAUUUACUUAGUUUUUGAAUACAUGGAAACUGACUUAAAUAACUGCAUCAAAAAAGGAAAUAUUCUGAAAGAUGUUCAUAAAAGGUUCAUUUUGUACCAGUUGUUACGAGCAGUUAAAUAUAUUCAUUCCGGGAAUGUAAUACACCGUGAUUUAAAGCCAUCUAAUGUUCUGUUAAACUCAGACUGUUUAGUGAAACUAUGUGAUUUCGGCUUGACACGUUCAUUGACAAAUACUCUAGAAAAUCGUACAACAUCUAUGGAAUCAUUUAUAGAUGGAGAUGAUGAUUAUGACAAUCCUGUGUUAACCGAAUAUGUAGCUACGAGAUGGUAUCGGGCGCCAGAAAUUCUGCUAGCUUCAAAUCGUUAUACAAAAUAUGUAGAUAUAUGGAGCUUAGGGUGCAUAUUAGGCGAAAUGUUACUUGGUAAAGCAUUAUUUCCCGGUACAUCGACAAUCAAUCAAAUUGAGAGAAUCAUAUCGGUUAUGGAAAGACCGACAAUACAAGACAUUGAAUGCCUUCAUUCAGACUACGGUAGAUCAGUGUUGGAUAAAGCUUUACAGAAACCAUAUCGUCGCUUACGUACGUUAUUUUCAAAUAAUACAGAAGAACAAGCUUUAAAUUUACUUGAAAAUAUGAUUCAGUUGAAUCCAGAGAAACGCUUCACCGUUGAACAAGCAUUAAAUCAUAGUUACGUGGAAAACUUUCGUGAUCCUUCAUCUGAAAUCGUAUUGAAACAUCCAGUUACCCCAAUUCUAAGAGAUGACAAACAAUUAAGCGUAUCAGAUUAUCGUCAAAAAUUAUAUGAGAUUAUAGUGGAAAAGAAAGCUCAACAUAAAAUGCGAAAAAUGCUGCGUUCAGUUGAACUGAAUGAAAACAAAACAACUGGAAAUUCAUUGGCUUCAAAGAAAGAAUUGAAUCAUGAAAAUACUUCUGAAAACAAAUCCAAAACCGAUCUGAUUAAUCAAAAUAUCAAUAGAGUUGGCUGUCACGAUCCAAAACUAAGUAAUACCAACCAACAAUAUAAACCAACUGAAACAGUAAAUCAAUAUCAAUGUCGCUCUGAUUUAAAUGAGACGAAAUCUCUGUCAGAUUCAUAUAAUUCGCAAAAUCAAGGUAGCACAAAUAUUAACUACAAUGUAUCAAUCUCAUCACCGGUGAAUCAUAUAAAACAUUUACACAGCAACAGUACAUUGGAAAAUGAACACACUUCUCAAUCCAGUGUAUAUAAUCAGCCAAAAUCCACAUCUGUUUCUAUAAUUAAGGCGAGCACAAACUCCAAUCUAACGAACAAUAACAUAUCUGGCGAAUUACGUAGACGAGUAACGAUACCUACCUCAUCUGUCAGUUCACAAAAAUAUAAACAUGAAUUCUCUUUAAACUCAGAGAGCCUAAAUAACACUCAGAUUAUGAAAACCAGUAUGAGUAAGGAAGCAAAUAACCCAGUUAUCCUUCGAGGAAACAGGAAUACAAAUUUCGGAAGAAAUUCUCAACACAAAAAUUUGAAGUUACAUUCGUGAAAUAAUUUCUUAUACAAGAGACCUAGCUAACUGAAGUGAGAGUGUGAACUUUCAUCAGGAAAUAAUCGCUGAUAUUAUCAACUCCUAAUUGUUGUUCUAACUCUUUGGUCUCAAGUAAUACAGCAUGAUUUCAAUGUGUAUUUGUUCGUUGUCACAUAUUUGAAUCUACUAUGCAGAUAUCUUCAGAUUGUCGGUUCAGUAAAAUGAUACUAAAUACUACCAUUAUCUCUUGUUUCAUUAUAUCAAGAAUACUACACCUAACGUGAAGCUCAUGUGCACACAUUAAUCGAAAGAGUAGAAAAAUCCACUUGAUUAAUAAUAUGUCCUAUAUAAAUUAGAACACAAAAGUCAACCAUCUGAUAUAAACCAUCUUUGAUGUUAUUCGAAAUCACUCAUUCUAAAUAUAUUAGUGCAUAUAUUGUCUAAUUAAUUCCUUUCUGCAUAUUUCACCAAAAAAUAUUCUAUUUUUACAUAAUCAAUAGUUGUGUUUCAAAUCUAUCCUAUCCCUGUUUGAUGUGUCUUUCAGGUUGGUUAAAUUGGUAGACAGACACAUGUACUAUUGUCUGCUGUUUAUCUCUCCAUUAAAUGUUUUAUAAAUAAUCCCUUGUAGGCUAACCCCUCCCACACUUUUGAUUAACUUGUACCUUAAAGAGAGAGAGAGUGAAAUUAAAGAAUUGACAGCUUUUAAAUAUACAUACAAAUGAAAAUAAUGUUCUACAGGGGCGAUAAACAUUAUAGUCUAAUGAUUUUAUCAUAACUGUCGACAGAACAAGCAUAAUCUGUAAACAGUCAUUCAAAGUCUGUGGAUUAACUUUUUUUAUAAAAAAACAAACAAAUUUUACACAUAAAUAUAUGAUAUUUGAAGAACAGAAUCCCUGCUGUGUUCUACUUCAUAAAGUAUGAAAAUAUGGAAUUAUGUUGACGAUAAUGAUUCUCAUGAAAAGAUCACUUUUUUUCUAAGCUUUUCUCAUUGAAAUGUACUCGUACAUUCAUACUCACUAACUAGUUUACUGAUUUGAUUUAUCCAGAUGUUAUGUUUUGUAAAUCAGAAGCAAAGGAAAUUGUUAUUACAUAUUAUGUAAUGUUGUAUUGAGAACUUACUACAGUGUUUAUAUGCAUGACUGUUAAGUUAGUUUUAUUAUUAUUUUUUAAUAUACACUAACGGGAUUUAUAAUCCAGUUGCUAAAUUAAGAAAUACUUGCGUCAUUUGUAUCUUCUUACAUAUUUACACACAGGGUGUACACGUGUACACACGGAACAUAUGUCAAUUAAUAAUUGUUCUUAUAUAUUUCUGGAUAAGUAUAGGUGGAACAUAAUCCCAAAGAAAUUUAUUUUUCUAAGAAAUCAAAUUAAAUUCAAGAUUGCUUUUCAUCAUAAACUUAAAUCAGUCAAUCAACUGUCAGUAAUCAUAAAACCCUGAACAUAGAUUAUUUGAAAAUUUUGUGAUAGCUGAUUAAAGAUAACAAAAAUCCUAAAUCUUUUGGCAGUGUUGAGAUCUCUGAGUUGAACAUUGAAUAUUAAAGCUUUUCUUUUCGUUGUGAACAAUGUCAG